AUGUUAAGGUCCAAGCACCACAACCCAAUUGUCGAACCCCCGCCGGCUUCAAAACCAGACGGAGUUAUCGAACUGGAGCCGAGUUUCGUGUCUCAUGGAGUUAUGGAUGGGGCUAUAACUUGUGUUUUGGCCGUCGAUUCGCCUUACAAUAGAGAUGAUCAACACGACGAAACAUUACUCUUGGCUGGGACGGUAAAUGGCGAUAUUUAUUUAUACGAUCUGAUUACGAGGAAAUAUUGUGGAGCUAUUUAUAGUAAGUUAGAGUGUUUGUGUUGUAGAGAAGGUUGAGGUGGAGUAGAGGAGGGUAAGGUAAGGUAAAAUAGCGCGGGGCAGGGUAAGAUAAUGUAAGUAAUAGCAGGGUAAACUAGGGUGACGUAGGGGUAGGGCGGAAUUAAGUCAGGUAGUUGAUGGAUAGGGCAGGAAAACUGGCGAGAGACAGUGGGGAUCAGAACAGUGUAAGGUAUGGUAGGGUACUGGAGGGGUAGGCUGGGGAAAAAUAUUGUAAUUUAGGGGUAGGUCAAGGCAAACAAGGGUAACGUAGAGGUACGGCAGCGUAAAAUAAGAUAAAGUAGGGCAGGGUCAACAAGGGUAAGGUAGGGUAGGGUACGGUUAAGUAGGGCAGCGCAUAAUAAAUCAGGGGUAAAUGUAACGGUACUGGCAGGGUUAGUAGACAGGGAGAGAUACCUAUAACAAUAUAAACUUUAAAAUGUUGUUUUAGAAAACUCAUUACGAAAAGGAGACAAAAGGAAACAUGAGAUUCAAGAUGAACGAUCAAAUUGGAUUCUAGAUGAAGAAGGAAUGGGCAAGUGUUUUUAUUUUUUAAAAAUUUUUUUGUAAAAUACGAAAACCUCUCUUCUUCCAAUAAACUAAUAGCACGACUUUAGUGUUAUCACGCCAAGAAUCGGGUAUAAAUCAAAUGGGCUCCCUCUCAACUACUACAAUAUGGGUCCAGUUCCGUGGCGGCUCCCUAGCCCUGUUCGCCUGGGACCUAGCCGUGGAUAACAAAGAACCAAGACUAAACCUACAAAAACGAAUCCCAUUUAACCAUGCCGGCUUCUGUAAGGCCGUCUAUUUCCAAGAAAAGUUCAUUCUACCUGACACAAUGCCUGGGGCAGCGAAUGGAUUCAGCAUCAUGGACGAACGGUGCAACAAAAAGAUGUACGAACUAAGUGAAGAUUUGUUGCGCAGAGAUUGCCAUAUCAAGAAAGCUGAUAUCGAGAAGAUGAAGCCUUUUUCUGGAGCUAUUAUGUACAUAAAACCUUAUAACUUUGGGGCUCCGGAGCUGUUUUUCAUUGGAUUCGAGGAUGCCAGCUUGGUCUUGUUCGAUUCUUUUGAUUCGACCAUUGUUGAUUGGGUAAGUUGUUGGUUUUUUUUUGGGUCUUGUAGGUAAGAAGAAAGCUUUUUUUUGAUUAUAAUGAGCAAGGUAAAGGCUUUUGCAUGCUUAUAAUUAGUAAGGUAAGGAAAAUUUUUUUAGAACUAUAAAAAGUAUUUUUAAAAGCUGUUCAAAAGUAUGUGGUUUACUUUGCUAAAAUUUUAUAACUAGCGUUUACUACUGAUCUUAUAAGUCAAAAUAUAAUUAAAAUAAUCUUUAAUAUAUAAUAAAAAGCAAAAAGCAAGCCUAAAAUAUUUAAAAAACUAAAGAUAUAAGCCGGAAAUCAAGAGCAAAGCCAGCCGAAAACCCCCGCGAAAAGAGAAAGAGCUUUCGGAAGAGAAGAGCGCGUGUGGUUCCAUGGUGUAGCGGUUAGCACUCAGGACUCUGAAUCCUGCGACCCGAGUUCGAAUCUCGGUGGGACCUAGCUAGUUUUUUGACAAAACUUUUUUACUUUUUGGAUAACAAAGGUGGUUUUUAAUUUUUGGGGAUUGUAAAAUACGUACUCUGGCAUUGUUUUUUGUAAAAACAGUUUUAAAGUAAGUAAUGAUUCAAUUUUUUAACGAUGUUUAAAAAAAAUUUUUUUUUAAUUUGAAAAACAGAUUGACAAUUACCAUUUUCAGUACGAAUACUAUAUACCAGACCACAACAAUGGCUUGUUGUCGAUAGCAUCACGGACACUGUUGAAUUCGGAUGAAAUGGAAGCUCAUCAGUUUUUGGUGGUCCUACCUAAUUUGGUAUAUCUUCUGUAUUUCGACCCUCGGGAACACAAAUUCAUAUUCAAUAUGAAAAUAAAGGAAUGGAAAGGGUCAGUGUAUGAAAAGUUUUGAGAAAUUUGGUUAAAAAACUCUAAAAGAUUUUUUUUUGGAAAAAUGGCUUAUUUGGUGGGUAUGGUUAAUAUAAUUGAUGUUUUUGGUGGAAUAGAAGCUUAAAGUAGUGUUAUUGUGAUAAAAAAUGACGGACAGGACAUCGAUUGUGCAUUUUCAAGAUAUCUAAACCCAAUUUUGGACGUUUAUUUUAUCUAAAAUGCCUUUUUUACAAAGUUUGCUCUUUGAUGGGCAUGGUUAAUAUAAUCGAGAUUUAUGGUUAAAAGAAAAUUUUCUGUUGGGUUUUUAUAGUAAAAAGUGAUGGAAAAGAUUGUUUUUACGUUCUAUACAUAUAAAGUGGUUUUUGACACUUUUUUUUACCUAAAAUAUCAUUUUUUCAAAAGUUUGCUUCUUGAUGAGUAUGGUUAAUAUAAUCUACUACAGUGGUUAAACUAACUCUGAAAAUUAAAAUCUAAUUUACAAAAAUUAUAGAAAAAACUUUACAUUUUUAUAUUCAGAGACUUAAAAUGUAUGGCCGUGACCUUCGGGCCAGAAGCGCAUCGUCGUCGGCCGUCGAAGCUGACCGACCCGUGUCGCUUCGCCGUUGCCUUUAACUGGGGCAAGCUGGAGAUAUAUGCAUUGUCAUUCGACACAACAUCCAACGACUUCCAAAUCAGCCAUAUCUACACGGCUAGCGUUGCGAAAGAAAUAAUGGAUCUGAAUUGGAGCUUGAGAAGCCAGACCUUGAUAGCAUGUUGUGUUGAGACAAAGGAGGGAAAGGAGACCAAGAACCGGUUGGGCAAGUUGUACUACUACGAAAAAGCACCAUUAUUGAAGAAGCAGAAGAUCAAGUAUUGA